CCUGAGUGAGACUCACCCCACUCGGUUAUACUCCAUCCCUUUUAAAAAUAUUCCUAUAUCCAUGAUUUCGCAUAAGUAAAUUUUGUUAAAAAUUUGAUAAAAUGUAUUACAUCUUUUAUGUUGGUACUUUUAUUACAUGUAAAUCUUGAUGAAAUUAGAAUUAAAUUAUUGCCGCAAUGUCGGCUAUUUUGACAGGUGUUAAAACUAUUCGUGAACAUUGGAAAAAAUCUAUUUUAUUUAGUGUACUUGCUUAUUAUGGCGUUGAUUACUUAAAAGACAAAUUUGAGACAAAUGAGUUAAUGCGAGUUUAUUGUGAAGAAGCAGUACGAUUCGGUAAUGAAACUACUUCGGUAUUAGAAACACCAAGAAAUAUAACGGUUAUUCUCAAUCCUAGCGCAAACAAAGCCAAAGCGAAAGUUCAAUUUGAAAAAUAUUGUGCUCCAAUUUUACAUCUAGCUGGACUUAGUGUCAAUGUUAUACUUACAGAAUCCGAAGGUCAUGCAAAAAGAAUUUUAGAAAAACUUGACCAAACUGAAGCUGUUGUUAUAGGUGGUGGAGAUGGUACAGUUUCUGAAGUCAUUACAGGACUUUUACGGCGUUGUAAUAAUGACGCGUCACAAAACCAUGUACCAGUGGGAGUUUUACCUUUGGGCAGAUCGAAUACACUAGCUGCUUCACUGUUUCCUGGGGGGGAUAAAUUAAGUGUUGUACGUUCAUUAGCUGAUGCUACAAUGGCUGUAGUUAAACAAAAUACAAAACCAAUUGACUUAAUGAAAAUUGAAGUUCAAGAUGACACAAAUUCAAAACCUGUUUAUGCAGUAAAUGAAAUUGAAUGGGGAGUUUUCCGAGAUGCCAGAGCAGUACAAGAUAAAUAUUGGUACUUUGGUAAAUUAAGAAAUUACGCAACUUAUAUAUUUAAUGCUUCCCAAAUAAAUUCACCAUAUGAAGCUACUCUAGUCUAUUCGUUACCUUGCCCUGGUUGUAAAAAUUGUAAAAAUGUGAUAUCGAAUUCAGAGAAUAAAUGGUGGAAAAGUUUAUUUGGACGAUCCACUUCAAAGCAAGAAGCAAUACAAUAUGUUAAUGUUAAUCCACAAUGUAAUCAGCUAAUCGAAAAAGAUGUCGCCACUACUAGUAUCAGUUUAAGAACAACAAACACAAUGGAUGAAUCUAAUGUUGAUGUACCUCAACUUUGUAUAAAUGUUGGCCCUGAUAAAAUUGAUUACAUUGACUUUGUAAAACAAGGUGUUAGUCAACAACCACAAAUUAUUGAUAAAGUAGCUGCACGUCAAGUACAAUUGAAACCAGGCAUUCCUGAAAGUGAGGAAGAAUUGUCAAUUGACAAUGAAAGUUUUGAGUUGAAACCAAUCACAGUAACAUUAUUACCCAAAGCUAUAAAAGUUUUUACAAAAUAACCACUGUAAUUUG